AUGCAGCAUUCAUUCAAAGAAUUUCAUCCCAGUAACCAGGCUGAAACGUUGAGGAAAAAUUUCCCAGCCCGCUUACCAGGAUCCCAGUUGGAAAAACCAAGAUCUCAGGAACCAGGCCAGCCUGCCCUCUCAUAUGAACACAUUGAAAAUUUUACAAAGGAUUCAGAGGUAAGGAAUCUCGGAAACCAGGCCAGCUCAGUCAACUGGACUCAUAUGAAGAGGAGGCCCUUAGUCUGGAAUAGGGUAAAAAGUUUCAUUACAGUAAGGGAGGGAAGGGGGUGGGAGGGCUACAGGAGGGGAGAGAGGAAAGUGCAAGAGGUGGGAGAUCUAAAGGGAUGGGAAAUGGGAGAAAAGGGGGAAGUAAUACAACAACACUUUUAUCUGUAAUAAAAAGAAAGAAGACAAGUAAAAUGGGGCAGGGAUGCAAGUUACGGGAGGCAGGAAGUUUGGAUCCCCCUGUCCCUCCUCCCAUUUACAGCAAACAAACUGACUACAUUGCAGUUAACUUGAACAUUAUUGCACACAUUCCACACUGCCUAACCCUGCUAUUUAACAGCUUCAAGUGGGGGACCCUUACCUCAAGGGUGUAUGCCAGAUUCUUUUACUUUAGAAAGGGGACAGUGGAGGUAGCCUGCAUCACAGACAUAAUCUACAAUCCCGGACAAAACUACUUGAGAAAGUUUUCCCCAUCAUGUCCACUUUCCUACGCAACAAAACUAUUUCCAAAACCACACCUUUGCGGAAAAAAACCCCUUCCCCCAAUUCAAUGUUGCUUCCCACAAAUGCCCAAGGAUCAGGCUUUCUUUUGAAUACACAACAACAUUGCUUUCAGGGGAGGGGGGAGAGGGAAGAACCGGUAAAGCUACGAUGUUUAGAAAAAUGCUGUCCAAGUAUACAAUUUUCUCAACAGUUUUUUCCAAGAUUGUAGCUCCAGUAAGCAACAUCUGCAAGGCAGCGCCUAUAUCCUUAAUCUGGCUUCCCAACAGACUCAAUAAAUUACCGGAAAUGGUUUCAAAUUUCCCUUCAAACUGAAUGGUAAAUUGACAAUGGUUUUUUUCACAGGCCAAUCCUGGCAUGUACUUAAAUACUGGUGCAGAAGUGGGGACUGUGAACGAGGAUUUUGGCGCUGUUUCACAGAUGCACUUAACAAGAACUUUACAGUGUAGUUCCACCUAUGGCACAGGCUACAAAGGUAGGAGAUAGGGACGGAUAGUAUGCAGCUCUCUAGAACCUCUAAUUUCAUUGAAUAAUCUAUAGCGUGCAGCUCUAUUGUGUUAGGGCUAGGCUAGGGUCCAUUGUUACUGUUGUUUGUUUAUUGUUUUCUCAGCCAAUCCUGUGAGGUCUUGUAAG